GAGAGAAAAAAUGGGAUGAGAGAGAGAAUCAGGGAGAAACUGGAAAACCCAUUUGGGCCAUUUCCUUUCAUUCUCACACAUUACACGCACACACACUCCCUCUCUCUCUCUUAUUCACAGGGGACGGGCCACGGGGAGACCUCUCCAUUGUCUGUUUUCUAAGCUCCAUUACUAAGAAAUCUUGAUUUGUGAAUUGGAGUCUGUAUAGUGGUUAAAUAUGAAUGGGAAUGGGCAAAUGGAGGUUCAUUACAUAAACACUGGUUUUCCUUACACGGUUACGGAAAGUUUUAUGAACUUCUUUGAAGGCCUCACACAUGUACCGAUCAAUUAUGGUCAUACCUUACCGACGCAUGAUCAGGAAAGUGCAUACUGGUCAAUGAAUAUGAAUUCUUACAAAUUUGGAUUUUCUGCUCCGGGGAGUACCUAUUAUGGUCAUUAUGAGGCAAGCGAUCACUUACCAAGAAUGGAGGUCAGCAGGGGUGACUGGGAAUACCCUUCGACAAUGAAUCAAGAGCAUGCAUCUACAGACUCACAGUCUGAAGGAGAUGCAGUCAUGGGUGUGCAUUCUAUUCCUGAAGAAUGCAGUCCAACUCAUCAUAAUAACAAUAGCUCUCAGGUCACAUGGCAAGACAACGUUGAUCCUGAUAACAUGACUUACGAGGAGCUACUUGACUUAGGUGAUGUGGUUGGAACUCAAAGUCGAGGUCUUUCUCAUGAACUUAUUAGUUUGCUUCCAACUUCCAAGUACAAAUUCAAAAACUUCUUCUCAACAAAGAAAUCGAGAGAGAGAUGUGUUAUAUGCCAGAUGAGGUACAAAAGAGGUGACCGGCAAAUAAAACUGCCGUGCAAGCAUGUUUACCAUAGUGAAUGCAUCAGCAAAUGGCUUAGCAUUAACAAGAUAUGCCCAAUUUGCAACACAGAGGUAUUUGGAGAUGAAUCAAGGCGUUAAAGGCAUCAACCGACAAAAUGGAUGAAAGAACUGAGUGUUGUUCUCUGCUCCAUCAAUUUCAUAUAUAUAUAUAUAUUUAUUCUUUUUUCCCAUUGUUACUAGUUUUUUUGUUUUUUUUUUUCCAAGUUUGUGGGGGGCGGAGGUGGGGGGAGUGUAUACUACAUGGGCUUGUUAAGGAAUAUAGUAGCUUCCGCUUACUUCAUACAAGGGUUCUUUCAGCGGAGAAACUUGGAUAAUUUUAGAUUUUGUAACAAUAAUUUUUAAGUAGUGGAGGAUUGCUAUUUGAAUUAUUACUAAUCUCAAAUUUAGUUGUUGGGACUUG